AGCAUCUCUCUAGUUGGCUCACUUACCAACUGUUUUCGGCUUCAUCAGAGCUUCUGAUAUAUAUAAAAAAAACCGAGGAAAUGGCUGGCCCUAGCCACCAAAGAAAACCAAGCACGGGAACUUUCCGAAACCAGAAGAAGCGUCCUCAGCAGAACGACAAGCCGCCGCCUUGGGCUGUUGUCAAAGGCCUUUUCUUCGGCAAAAAUCCCCACCAUCAACAAGAGCGCGACCAGCAGCAGCAGCAAAAGCAACAGGUGAUGGAAGAAAGUGGGAAGAAAUGCAAGAAAAUGAAGUGUUCGGGUUCAUUAUGUAGCAACACAAAGGUGAUGCAAAAGCCAGAAGCACCUUCCCCUGAACUCCAUAAGAAAAAGACAUCAUCAUCGUCAUCACUUGAAGCUUCUUCCAGCAGAUCCAUGAAAGCUCCUCUGCAAGAACUCAAUGGAGUAGUUUCACUUUCAUCCACCAAUUCUUCUCUUUCUUUAUCUUCAGCACCCGCAUCGGCCUCCUCCGUCGGUGGGUCUUUCAGAGGAAUGCCAUUCAGGAGAUUCUCCGGCUGUUACGAGUGUCGAAUGGUGGUAGAUCCAGUCCUCGGAAUGGCCAAAGAUCCUUCCUUGAGGACUUCCAUUUGCACCUGCCCUCAGUGUGGUGAGAUUUUCAUGAAAGCUGAACAUUUGGAACUUCAUCAAGCUGUUAGACAUGCAGUAUCCGAACUGGGUCCUGAGGACACCAGCAAGAACAUAGUGGAAAUCAUAUUCCAGUCAAGCUGGUUAAAGAAACAAACACCCGUAUGCAAAAUAGACCGUAUCCUUAAAGUCCACAACGCCACAAGAACCAUCUCCAAAUUCGAAGAAUACCGAGACUCCAUCAAAUCAAAAGCCACCAAGCUCCCCAAAAAGCACCCACGCUGCAUAGCCGACGGCAACGAGCUCCUCAGGUUCCACUGCACCACUUUUGCAUGUUCACUCGGCCUCAACGGCUCCUCCAACUUGUGCAACUCCAUCCCAAACUGCAAUGUGUGUAGCAUUAUAAAGAAUGGUUUCAAGGUGGUGCAAGAACUCAACGGAAAAGGAAUCCUCACGACGGCAACCAGUGGCAAAGCUCAUGACAUGGCGGCCGGAGUUGAAGACGGGAAUGAAAAGAGGGCAAUGCUUGUUUGUAGGGUGAUCGCCGGGAGAGUUCAGAAGAGCACGGAAGGUGGUAACUCGGAGGAUUAUGACUCAGUGGGGGGUGAUGUUGGGGUUUACUCCAAUUUAGAUGAGCUGUAUGUGUUUAAUCAUAAGGCCAUUUUUCCCUGUUUUGUUGUUAUCUAUAGAGGGUUUUGAU